AUGUCCGCCUUAGAUGUCGAAGCCCUCUUGGAUUCAACUGCAGCUGCUACUCCUGUUGAGCAAAACGGAUCUACUAAGACUAAAGAAUCCGAUGACCGCCACAAGGGUGAGCGCAGUGAAAGACGCGACCGUGAUAGACUUCGCGAUGAUAGCAGGGAUCGCGACAGAGAUAGAAAGCGCCGCGCUCGCAGCAGAGAUAGAAACGAGAAAGAUGGCACUUCAACCCCAACAAGUGAGCAUGGAAGCGCAAAGGGUAGACGCAGAAGUAGAAGCCGAGAUGACAAUCGUCGACAACCUCGUCGCCGCAGAGAUACCCCGGAAGAAAAUGGCCGCAGGGAUGGAGAUUAUUAUAGAGGAGGUAGGGGUGGCGGACGUCAACGCUCACGUACCAGAAGUCCCGAUAGAUAUUACCGUCCUCGAGGUGACCGCCGUGACCGCGAUGAGGUAGACAAGCCUCGAGAAGAACGCCGGCCGAGAAGUCCCAAACGAGAAGGAACACCCCCCUUGACUGAAGAUGAACGGGACAGGCGCACCGUUUUUGUGCAACAACUAGCAGCGCGUCUCAGAACUAAGGAACUCAUCGCAUUCUUUGAAAAGGUUGGCCCCGUUAAGGAGGCUCAGAUUGUCAAGGACAGAGUCAGUGGUAGAUCUAAAGGUGUGGGCUAUGUUGAGUUUAAAAACGAAGAAUCAGUUCCUGCUGCUAUACAACUCACUGGACAGAGACUCCUAGGAAUCCCAAUCAUUGCACAACUCACCGAGGCUGAGAAAAAUCGACAAGUCCGCAAUCCAGAAGCUACCACUAGUAACCCUAAUCAAAUUCCAUUCCAUCGACUAUAUGUGGGUAAUAUACAUUUCAGCAUCACUGAAAGCGAUUUACAGAAUGUAUUUGAGCCAUUUGGUGAGCUCGAAUUUGUUCAAUUGCAAAAAGAAGAGCAAGGACGUAGUCGAGGUUAUGGAUUUGUUCAGUUCCGUGAUCCAAAUCAAGCUAGAGAAGCGUUGGAGAAGAUGAAUGGGUUUGAUCUUGCUGGCAGACCAAUUCGUGUUGGUCUUGGAAACGAUAAGUUCACUCCUGAAUCUACCGCCAGUCUUCUGCAAAGAUUCCAUGGCCAAAGCCACCAACAACAAUUUCAGGGUUCCGCAUUUUCUGGCGCUGGUGGGCGUGGUCCUACCGCUGCUGGCGGCAGCAAUUUCGAUCGUGCUGGUGGUCGAGAUAAUGAUAAAGGUGCGGGCGGUGCUAGUGCUUUGGACGACACUGACGUUGGCGGCGUGAACUUCAACAAUUAUAGUCGAGAUGCAUUGAUGAGAAAACUCGCCAGAACAGAUGAUACCACGGUUGCGGCAAAUCACGAAAGAAGAGAAGUAUCAAAACCUAAAACAGAAACCAAAGCUUUACCUGUCAAUGUCAACAUGGCUAGCCGUUGUGUUGUACUUAAGAACAUGUUCGAUCCUACAGAAGAGGACGGUGAGAACUGGGAAAAGGAACUUGAGGAUGAUGUCCGCGCAGAAGCGGAAGAAAAAUAUGGCCACGUUGUUCACAUUGCUUUAGAUCCAAACUCCCAAGGAGAUAUUUAUCUCAAAUUCGAUCGAGUACAAGGAGGAGAGAAUGCCAUCAAGGGUCUGAAUGGAAGAUAUUUCGGUGGGCGAAUGAUUAGCGCUACUCCUGUUGUGGAUGCAGUCUACAGCAGUUUGUUCUCUCGCACAAAGGCUAUGUGA